GGCACUUCCUGCUCCACAGGUGCGAGGCGCUGGCUGCAGCCAGCCUUGGUCGGUCGGUCGCGCUGCGCGAAUAGGCGCCCUCUCGGCAGCUCGCACGCACGCUUGCUCUCCAGUCGCGCAGCGACGACGCAGCCGAAUUCGAUGCCAUGGCGACGCUACGCGUCGCGUUACUUCGACGCUGAAGAAAUUCCUCGCUCUGGACUUUACCGUCAUGGUCGUCCGCCGGCUGCUGGAGCAGGCACCUAUCCAGGACGCGUCGCGAUCGUGGCACAGAUAAGCCGGCUCGCUCUUGUGACCGCCCGCUGACAACACCCGGCGUUCUCAAGGCAAGAACUCUUUAUUUCCCUGUGCCAAACAUUUCCAGAAAACGGCAACCACUCCUUGCUUUCAGCGGACGAGAGAGUCCUGCCCGACCCUAGGAGCCGAAACCGGAAGUUUCCAAGCGUCGACAUGGCUCGCCGUUGCAUACUAGUCGCUUCAAUCGUCGCCCUCGUGGCGUCGUCUUGCCAAGCCAACACUAACGUGCUGCGCGCCAGCUGCUUAUGGAACGCGUCCCCGGAAAAAGAGAGUUCGGUGCAGGUGGACUGUUCCCGAAAGGGCUUCACCAUCGUUCCCGCAGGAAGCUACUGGCCGCCAAACAUCUACAAGAUGGAUCUGAGUCACAACUUCAUCAACCACCUUACAAACCUGGAACCGUCGAACGUAUCGGUGCUGGACCUGCACGACAAUCGCAUCGCGAUCGUAGAGCCGGGAGUGUUCUCCGCUUUCCCGCAACUUCAGUUCUUGGACUUGAGCAAGAAUUCGCUCGCAAGUCUUCACGGGGACGUCUUCGUAAACAUGACGAACCUGCGAGCUUUGAACCUUAGCGGGAACAAGCUAAUGCACCCGCCUACUGAAUUGUUCAGGCCGUUGCUGUCCGUGGAGCAGCUGAACCUGAACAACAACCCACUGCGGUACCUGGAGAUUGGGUUGUUCAAGCUGCCCAACCUUGAGCGUCUCGAACUGUCGAACAUCGACGCCCACUCGCUACCUGACGGCAUCUUUCACGCAACGCCGCGCCUCGUUUAUUUGGACCUGUCCGGAAACUCGUUUGAGAAGGUGCCUUCCAGUGCGUUGCGAAGCGCUGAGGGUUUGAAAGUUCUAGUCAUGUCGGACAAUCCCGUGGGCACGCUUGGUUACAAUUCCUUCUUCAAGCUGCACAAUAUCGAAGAACUUUAUGUCGAGAGAAUGAAAGAGCUGGAGGCUGUCGAAGGCGACGCCUUCGUCUAUCAGAAGAAGAUGAGGUCUCUGUUCUUGGGCAACAACCCCAAGCUGAAGAGCAUAGACCUCGACAUCUUUGGCGUGUUUUGGCGCGUCGAGCCGGCGGCCAACUGGACCCUGCGAGAAUUUUACCUGCAGAACAACAACAUCCAGUACCUGGACGAAGAUAUUGCGCCGUGGAAAGAAUUUGAAAUCUUAGACCUCCAGGGAAACCCCUGGGCCUGUGACUGCAAUAAUGCUUGGAUUCGAAGGUUGCCACUACAAAAAGAAUUGACAGUCCAACUGAGGUGCGGAAGCCCACCCAAGUACGAGCACAAGCCCAUGCUGGAGGUGCCCGACGAAGUGUUCGCUUGCCCGAGCUUGCGUGUAGAGCGCGAACAGAGCAGCACCUUCCGCACGGGCGUGCUGGUUGUCGGGGCGCUCAGUAUCAGUGCCAUCUUGUUGUCGGCCAUCUUGCUGAUCAAACGGAAGAACCUCUACCAGCGGUUCAUCUCACGCAAGAACAGGAACGGCAGCGUGUACUACGUCAAGGCGCACACAAACCCCGUGGACGGAUUCGAUCCGAGCGUCUAGCGACGGACACGUUUCGUGUUUGUACAUACUGUGCGUCGAGCUGACGACGCCGGCGUUGUGAAGCGCGCCGGCCAUGGGAACGGAUUCCGCGAAUACUGCAACCAGCUCACGACGCCUGAACGACCCGCCGUGAUCGGUGCGCAACGCAAGCCAGAGCUACCGCGGUAUUCACCGCGAAGCCUUUCGGAUGGGACUACCUUGCAUGGUCUCGCGGGCAACGCUUUCUUGCGAACGGCAUCACUGUUGGAAGUCUUUAGUGUGACGAAGUGUGUUAUGCGUACACUGCACGACAUGACGUAAACUGCUUUUUGAGAGAUGUGUGACGUCUUCAACAUAGCGUAAAUGCUGCGUCAUGUCGUGGUCUCCCUGCAGCGUCAUGCCUAAUCGGGCAGAAAAGACUAUUUGCCUUGUCCGCGUUCCCUACACGACAUUCCUUCUUUGUCUGAACACCGACUAAAUGGUGUGGUGUCAACGGUUUUGAACGAUGGCGGUUUGGUGAGGCGGCUAAGGACCUCUGAACCAUUUUACAGUGAUCCAGCCUGGUGUAGUGACAGCCAUUCUUGCUACGGUGCUGUUUUCGUCCAGUUCAUAAUAGGUGGAUUGCCUCGAUCAGCCACCGACGGCACAGUCAUCUAGGCGAGAACGAGCCAGCAGCGAUUUGAAGUACACUUCUACGGUUUCCUUCAAGCUUCGUGGCCUCGUAGCGGUAUCCUGUCCCGACACAGAUCACGACGAAGACCGAUGUGAUCGCGACAAAGAUCGAUGUGAUGUAAAGUCAAACCGCAUCGGCAUCUGGAGACUCGCAGAUGGCAAUCAAUCAGUCAAGGUGCUAGUCCUUGCCGGUGAACGGCGUUUCAGUGAGAUCCACUGCUAUCCGGCUUAUAAAUGAGGUAUCCAGAAACGUAGUGCGCCAUCGAGAAGACGAGGGGGAUUCCAAAGGCUGACUUUUCUAGAAAGAAUAGUGGCUGGCUACACGAACGACUUUGCCUUUCCACACAGCAUGCCAAGAUAUGAUAUUACAUGACCGAGUCCCGGCAAAGUGGUUUUCAGAUCAUGCUGACUUGUCAGGCAUGUCGUGAGCCUUCGUUUGUUAUUGCGCACAUUCACCUGUUAGACUGGACACAUGCUUGUCACUUGACUUACUACGAGAGUAUUCAUGCGUUGAUGGGUGUGAGAGUUUAAUUAGUUAAGGGAACGUAAUCAAUUUCACGAGCUCUGUGCAGCUGACGUGUUCUCGCACUAUAAAAAUGACAUGGCUGGUCAA